AUGGGUGUGAGUGACUGUCCAUACUUCUGCGAACUUGUAGAACAAAGAAGAAAUAGUGAACAAAUUCAAAAUACUUCUUUUGAUAAACUCAAAGUUUGGACAGGAUCAAAAAUAAACGAUUUAUUUGAUGCAUGGAAUAUGGCCGAUAUAAUUAUAAUUGAAGUCUUGUACAAUACGAGCUUAUCCUGGGCUGAUCUCUUCGUACUUUCUCAACUACAACAUAUUGCUGAUUUGUCAUUUUAUUAUCUUUUCAAUACAAUUGAAACUGGUCGAGUUAUUACAGGUUGUCUUCUUAUUCUAUUGAAGAGUUAUUCGUAUAGAAUUUUUUCAACUAAUCACCAUUCAGGUCCAAUCGUUAAUGAUAUUAUGGAAAAUAUACAAAAAUUGAUGAAGAAUGAUUCCAUGGGGCGAAAGGCAAAAAUUUACUCUGGACACGAUGCAACAAUAGUUGCAUUAUUAUCACUUUUUCAAGCAAACUACAUUCAUCAACCUCCAUAUUGUAGUACAAUUUUCAUGGAUUUGUAUCAUAUAUCAGACAAUAAUACUUAUACUCUAAAAUUGGAAUACUUGAACUCCACAAACGGUGGUACAACUCAGCCAAUUCAAUUACCACCAUGUGACAAUCUAAUGUGCUCAAUAGAUAUACUGAAUAGAUGGCUUAAAAAUCGACUUCCUAGUAACGAUAUGAAAAUGGAAUGUAUAUCUCGACGAUUGAAUCAAGCCUUCGAUCAAUUAAAAUAUUACAUUUGA